AUGGCGCCCAUAUCGAUUCGACAGAGCCACUCACUUGCUCCUCCUCGCCUCCACAAAGGACCAUACACCAAACCAAUCGAAACGCCCGCCCGCAUUGAUCCCAUAGUAUUUGUGGAGCUGUUCGCGGGAACUGUGGGGAUAUUUAUUCUUUCUGUUCUGAUUUGGAAGACCGGAGAUUUCAUUCGCUCGUUUACUGAAUACAGGGUGCAGGCAGAGGGGAGAUCACCUCAGACUCGAUUUGCAAAAACAUGGUAUGGAUGGGUCACCCUUGAAACCCACAAAAAGAACAAAUUGUUCUUCCGCAAAUUGUUCGCCAGACUUCGAGAGCACACGGCUUGGGAAUCCCCGAGAACAGAUUAUCAGUGGAUAUGGUGGGACCCUGGCCAAGAGGCGCUUCAGGCUCGACGCAGAGCUCAACGACGAAUGGGAUGGCUGCCCAAGUUCCUGAUGAGCUAUGAAUCACCCCCAGCAGAUGCAAUCUGGAAUCCGGGCCCGCGAGCAGAGUGUCAUGGAGUUUUACUUGAAACCUUGGAACCUGAUCAAGUUCUGUUGGCAGAGACAGUGACGAAUCCAGUCGAGGAGAAUUUCAAUCCACUGCCACAAAAUUCAUGGAAGAUAUUCGAUAAAAAUGAGCACAGCGUGCUAUUAGCACCACCAAAAGCACACAGACAUGGACAUUCAAGGUUCAACGCCUGUACAUCCCAAGAACGAUUGGAGGGUAUUGUUUGGUAUGAUGCAAGGAAUGAUAUCCGCUCAUCAACUGCAUCACUUGACGGUGCAGGAUGCUCCAUCUUGAAAGACACUUUUGUUGCUAGGCGGAAAAUGUCUCAGCGAAGAUAUUCCAGUCGAAAUGAAUGUCCCUCAUUUUUGGGACAGUCCGAUGGUCCCGACUGCUUUAGAAUAACCGAGCCUCUACCAGUUGUGCUCAGAGAGGCCGAAGCCUCAAAACAUCCUUCACGCUGUGUUUACGCUAGGAGGCGUCGAAUAUGGGCCGCAAAAAUGCAGGUCAAAGCCGCAAAAUCCGUGUUGCACGAUCUGCGAGCUUCAUCCGGCCCUCCUGGAACUCCCAUCACUGAAAUGCUGGCUGAUAUGAUCUCAGAGCAAGGUAUCUCCGAUAGCAUCUCAGGGAAGCGUAUGAAGAAAAGCAGCCAGCGCAGCCAGUGCGUGAAACAUCCGAGCGGGAAAUUAUCGCUAGCCUUACAGUCGAGCUUUGCAAGGAAGGGGAUUUUGGUUUCACCUGAUAAGCUUGCCAAUAGGAGAAAGCCCCUGUUCUAUACUGAGCCGUCGCGGCUUAACCCAACACUCGAGGCACCGCGGGACCCAGCAAAUAUGUGUCACUCCAUGCAUGAGCCACGGGCUGCUUCUGAUAGGCGCACGGUCUUGGACAUCUGGCAGGGCCGAGAAAGCCCUCACGCAAAACACCCAGGCCAUCGGCCCUCGCAGUACUUAGCUUUGGAAGACAGCUUGGCUUCUGACGAGCUGAGUGACUGGGAGCUGCGGCUCAUCGAUAAGCUGGAUCGAAAACUAAUAUGGAUGUUCAACGAAACGACGCCUGGUCAGAAGCCGUACCAAUUCACUUUGCUUGCAAAUCACUGGUUGAAUCGGGAGACUUGGAUAGUUAUUGACCCCGUCUCAAGAGUCUCCACCGACGCACGCAGGCACAGGGGCGACCCGCGCUACAAUGUCCCCUACCCGGAGCCAGACUUGCCCUCCAGGCCGAAGUACCCUGACAUUAUGCGUAAAAGAGCCCAUAUGCCACGAAUCGACUGCUGGCGCGCCGCGAUCAAUCAACGGAGAAGGGCUUCUGGAAUUCGGGAUGCCGUUCGCCAAGUGGACCUGUAUGAGGAUUCUGUUGAGGAGCCACCGGAUGGGCAUAUCGACCCCGCAUGCUGGAUCCUGCCCAAGCCACCCCAGGGAUUCGAGAUGUCGACCAAGCAAAAGAACGCAUGGUAUGAGGGAGUCGCAGGAUGGCAAGAACAGCUUGAAGACUGGCAGAGAGUCCGGCGUGGAUUUCGCCUUCGGAAAGCACUAUUUGAGGGCCGGGUUAAUCGGAAUCGAGUGAAAGAGCUCGCCACAAAUGUCAACAGAUAUUGUCAACGUGCAUCGUUGAAGGUGAUUAACCGGGGAGUUGAGGAAAACCCACCAGCGACUUAA